CCUUCUCUCUCUCUCUCUUUCUUUCUUUUUCUUCUUUUCUCUUUUUGUCUCUAUCUCUCUGUCUGAUCUCUCACGAACGUUAAUUGUGGUAGAAGUUGGUAUUGCUAUUUCUAUUACUAUUGCCGACGGUGGUAAUGGUGUCCGGUGAUCGGUCUACCUUCGAGCGAGAAAUUCCUUCAGCCGCUUUAAGCCCAGUUUACUCUGUUGACGUUUGCGAUCGCGUAUCGGCGUUCGAUUGGUAGCACGAUCCGUGACCCGCCAAUAGACGGGACGGGAAGUUUUUCCUUGCGAAUGUCAAGCCGUCGACACGGAUGCAGGACCGAUCUUUGCAAUAAGUCCCUCGUUUAACAGUUUAUAAGUGUUAUCCUUUUUCGUGAUAAAUCUUUCUUUUCUUCUUUUUUUUUUAAUUUUAAUAUCUUAGAAAUGAAUGCGUGCUAAAACGUAGAAAUGGCGAAAAAAAAGAGAACGAGAGAAAGGUUACGUAUGUAGGAUCAUACACGAUCUAGCCUAAUACUCGUUCGAAUAUUAUUUCCUAGUGUUGUUCUCCUUAUUGUGUGCUGCACCACUUUUCAACGAUUACUGUACGCGUGGAUAUGUAAUGUAAAUCGAAAAAGGUCGUCGAUAGGUGUGGGGGUUAUCUUUUUCUUUAUGAGACACAAAAUCAAUCUAUCGUUAUCGUCUUCGUAUAUUUAUUCACAAGUCAGUUAACGCAACAAAAGAAUAUAAAGUAUUUUUCUCAUUAAGGAAACUUUCUACAAGAAAUGUUAUCCAUAAAAAUAGGUCUCUGUCUGAAUAAACAUGUUAAAAUACUCCAGAUGGAUAUGCCAAUGUAUUGAGACCUAUAUACUUUUGUCCUAGCAAGUAGAUUAUUCUACUGCCUGCCAAUAAUAGCACGCCCACGCAAUUUGCAACUGUACAACAAAUUUUAUGAUAAUAAUUUGAUAACUGUUAGAAAAAUUCUAUAGGCAUUUGAUGUUCAUAGUGUGACAUUAAGAUUAAAAGAAGUAUAAUCAUACAAAUAAAAAUACUCCUAUUCUUUGAGAACGAACUUUCAAUAAUAAGGACCUACACAAUUUGACUGAAAAUUUAGAAACUAAAGAAGAGGAAAUUAUAAUUUUAGUGAAUCUAUUUUAUUACAUUGAAAUAUAGAGCAAAAUUAUAAUACUCCGUUCUUUCUUACUGAUCAAGUCAUUGAAUAAUAGAAUGAAACUUGAUAGUAAUCAGAAAGCAACUACCGAUAUACCUAAGCAGUUUAUAUUACUAUUUAGAGGAAGAAAAAAGGCUUAUGAUAUUUUGUUUAGUCAAACGAUUGUUUUUACGUAAUUUCGAUGCUGUAAUUAAAUGAAAUAUUUUACUUAAAUAUAGUCUGGUUAAUUCCAGCUAGCGCAUAGUUAUGCGGUGAAACUAGGUUAUAUGACUGUUUGAGAUACAGUACAGUUAAUGCGUGUACAUAGACUGUUGAUAAUAAAGAACAAACUGAGAAUAUAGUAGCUAAUAUUUUUAAACAGAAUGUGUAAAAGUUAUUUUAAAUCAUUGCAUAAGUGGGUGUAUAAAACAACAAAGAAGAAUGAAGGAAUAAUGAUAUGCUUGAAGUAUCCUAUGGAUGGCAGAGGACGUAUUUGCUAACCCUAAUAACAAGAAGGGUUAUAAAUAUGGAUAUGUUUAGUUCUGGAGUAGUACAAGUAUUCGUGGGCGAAUGGAGCCCCGAAUAUGAAGCGUUAUCUAUUAAAGCUACAAAACAGACUUCUUCUUCAGAAAUAGUUGAAUGUAUUAUCGAAAGACUGGGUUUGGUAGAUGUUUCCAAUGGAUACGAGUUAGCAGAAGUGGUAGGAAAUUCUGUCGGGCAGGAAUGUAAAGAAAGAAGACUUGGUCCUUCUGAAUGUCCUGUAGCACUUAUGUUACUUUGGCCAAAAAGUGUUGCUCAACAGGAAUAUUACAGGUUUUACUUGAGGAAAAAGCAAACGGAUUAUUUAUGGUGUGACAGUAGAUUUCCUAUGGAUCCACAACUAUUAAAGGAUUAUUUCAAUAGAUUUCUAUAUCAACCACGAGAUAAAGAAUAUCCAGAUUUAUGCCAGCUUCCUGACCUCAACGAGCAAACACUUUUGGACAAUCUUCGUGCUAGAUUUUUAGCUGGAAAUAUAUAUACCUAUGUUGGCAGCAUAUUGAUUGCUUUAAAUCCAUUUAAAUUUUAUCCCAUUUAUAAUCCAAAAUAUGUGAAACUUUAUCAAAACAGACGAUUGGGGCCCGAUAUACCUCCACAUAUAUUUGCGAUAGCUGAUGCGGCUUAUCAUUGCAUGUUAAAAGAAAAAAGGAAUCAGUGUAUUGUGAUCAGUGGUGAAAGUGGUUCGGGUAAAACGGAAUCAACAAACUUUUUACUACAUCAUCUAACUGCCUUAAGUCAAAAAGGUUCCCAUGGUAGCGGUGUUGAACAAACAAUACUUAGUGCUGGUCCUGUACUCGAAGCAUUUGGUAAUGCAAAGACUGCACAUAAUAACAAUAGUAGCCGUUUUGGAAAAUUCAUACAAGUGAAUUAUAAAGAAAAUGGAAUGGUACAUGGGGCAGUAGUACAGAAAUAUCUGCUGGAAAAGUCAAGGAUAGUUUCUCAAGGAAGAAAUGAAAGGAACUAUCAUGUUUUUUACUAUCUAUUAGCUGGUGCAAAUGAACAGGAAAAACAGCUUUUACAUUUAGAAAGUUGUGAACGUUAUAAUUAUUUAAACAAAAGUGGCUGUUAUGGUCUUGAAAACAUUGAUGAAAGGCAUGAAUUUUCGAGGUUGAAGCAAUCUAUGGAGAUGGUGGGAUUUACACCUGAAAAGCAAAAACGACUUUUUGCCGUUUUAUCAGCUGUUCUAUUACUUGGUAAUGUGGAAUUUCAACCAAGAAAAUCUUACCAUCAUGACGAGGCAGUAGGAGUUAAGAAUCCCGAAGUCGUCGCAUUAAUAUCCGAAUUGCUUAGGGUGAAACAAGAAACUCUUUUGGCUGCAUUAACUGCUAAACGUGCACGUGCCUCUGGUGAAACAUUGGUCAUUAAUUAUAGACUUCCAGAAGCAAUAGCAGCAAGAGAUGCAAUGGCCAAGUGUUUAUAUGGAGCUUUAUUUGAUUGGAUUGUACUUCAGGUCAAUCAUGCUUUACUCUCGAAAAAGGAUACGUUGAGGGAUCAUCAAGGCAAUAGUAUAGGUGUACUUGAUAUCUUCGGAUUCGAAGAUUUCAAGACAUGCAAUAGCUUUGAACAAUUGUGCAUCAAUUAUGCGAACGAACAAUUGCAACAUUACUUUAAUCAACAUGUUUUUCAAUAUGAACAAAGAGAGUACAGGAAGCAAGGAAUCAGAUGGACGGAUAUAGGAUACAGUGAUAAUUCUGGUUGUUUAAAUCUUAUUGAAGGAAAACCAAAUGGACUUCUUUGCCUUUUAGAUGAUCAAUGCAACUUCCCAGGUGCAACGAAUGAGACACUGUUACAAAAAUUUAAUAUGGUUCACAAAGAAAAUCCAUUCUAUGAAGCACCACAGAGACGUGAAGCAGCCUUUGUCGUACGUCAUUACGCAGGAGCUGUUAAAUACCAAGCUUCUAAUAUGAGAGAGAAGAAUUUGGACUUGAUGAGACCAGAUGGAGUGGUUGGUGUGCUCAAAAACUCAUCCCUUGCUUUUGUGCGAGAGCUCGUUGGUGCCGAUCCAGUUGCUGUAUUUAGAUGGGCUAUUCUCAGAGCUUUUUUUCGAGCUCAUUUUGCAUUUCAGGAAGCAGGACGUGCAUACAGACAUGGCAGAGCUGAUGGUAAUAAGACGUCUGCACAAAACAGAUAUAGGACACCAAACGAGAAUUUAAUAAGCCAUCUUGUGACGUUAUCGGCCGUCAAUCUAACUAUUAACCGAAUUGCUUCUCACAAACAUACUCGUCCACCCAGCUAUCAGAAGCAACGAAAUGUCUGUUUACCAUCGACCACUCCCACUGCCACAUUAUCCUGCGUACAAAUUGAAAACGACAGUGUAAACAACAAUCGAUUAUCGUGGCCGCAGUUUAGAAACAUUAAUCAGACUCAACACCCAUCGAAUAUAACAACAACGAAGAAUUACAUAAUAAGGGGCAGGGAAGACCAGCCUCAUAGUAAUAAUAAAUUCAGACGGGAUACUCAUACACCACUUGAGAGGGUGCUUCCAAAAGACGAAGUUAAUAACGUUAUGGAACGCGCUAAUCAAAUUGUCAUGAAAAAUAAAUCGUUUCGUCCAAGGGAACGAGGUAAAAAGGGUCUAAAAAAUCUUCAAACUGUGAAAACUCUGGCUGGAAGAACUCAAAGUUACGGAAGUGGUCCUGGAAAAGCAAGAAAACAACCUAUGACUGUAUCAGCACAAUUUCAACAAAGUUUACACAGCCUUAUGGAUACCUUAAAUCAAGCAAAUCCUUUUUUCAUCAGAUGCAUAAAAAGUAAUGCCAAUAAAGUUCCAAAUGAAUUUGACGAAGAAACCGUACAGAGGCAGCUAAGAUAUACUGGAAUGUUAGAAACCGUUCGAAUUAGACAAGCAGGCUUUAACGUCAGAUUAACAUACGACGAAUUUAUUCAGUUGUAUCGAAUGUUAUUACCUAAAGGGCUUUUGAGUUCGCAAUCGGAUGUACGUGAUUUUUUGUUAACGUUGAAUCUGAACAGAGACAAUUAUCAACUUGGAACAACAAAGGUAUUUCUUCGAGAAUCCGAGAAGAUAAAGUUGGAUAUAGAAUUGCAUCAGCAAAUCAUUACAAGUAUCACGACGAUACAAAACUGGUUUCGUGCUUGCUUAGAAAGGAGAAGGUUCUUAAGGUUAAAAAAUGCGGUAGUGCAAAUUCAGUCAUUUUGGAGAAUGGCAAGUGCCCAACGAUUUGUACAAGCGCUACGUGCAAGAACGGAAGCUGCGAUUCAUAUUCAAGCUGCAUGGAGAGGAUACAAACAACGUACUUGGUUUAAAAAAUUAACAUCCUGUAUAACAAUCUUUCAAGCUUACGUCAGAGGUAAUAAUGCUAGGAAAGCUUUCAUGGAACUUAAAAGGCGGAGGAAGUAUAUGCAAAAAAUCGAUGAAACGACAGAAAAUCGGGAUACUGAAGAACAUAUGCUUCAGAAACUCAACUACACGCUUGCUAAUACUGAUGCAGAAGAAUCAUUGUCCACCUGUGAAGAACGUUCGUUGCCAGAAUACACUGUGUCACCUCGAAAAUUGGAAGCUCAGAAACGUGUCACUCCAAUUAAGCAAGAAAACUUAUCUAGAGAAACAAGCGGUGAUACAAGUAAGAUACCUUAUUCUAAACGAAAAAUUAUACAGAAUAAAAGGAUAUUACACGAAUCGAAUGUUACAUCGAAGAAUUCAGAAACGUUUUAUUCCGAAGAAAUUGGCGAACGUAAGAGCAGCAUCGAAAGUCUCACUAGUUUAAAAAGUUAUGAAUCUCAAGGUAGCGUUAAUAGUUCCGAAUCGCAAGAGAAUUCGAGUUGCAAGCCUAUUCCCAGUACGAGAACGAAACGUGGCGAACAUGCGGUUGUUAUAAUGACCUCCAACAGAUUGUCUUCGAUAAGUAAAAGAACCGACAGCUCGUCGACUGGUUGUAGCGAUGGCGAAACAGAUGGAGAUACGCCGAAUGCUGUACAAAGUGCUCCACCUAUUUUCAAUGUUACUCCAUCAUUUACAAAUCCUAGAGAUACCAAAUACCAUCCCAACACAAAUUUAAAUCGUAGUCCAAAUUCGGAUAUUUGGCGAAGAAGAGCUGAGUAUCCAUCUAUCAAUUAUAAUGAUUACAUUAUGUCAGUGCCUCAGAAAGCAACUGUGACUCGAUCUCCGAACGUUUCUCAGUAUAAAAACAUUUCUGAUAAUGUUCUUGAACACUCUCGUUUGGACCAACCGAACGAAGCUGCAAAUUACAACGUCAAGUUAGACGCCAAUGAACGUUUUGUUCGGAUGGAAAGUUCACGCGAUUCGCGUUUAUCGAAUGAUCGUUUGGAAAAUCUACCGAUUUCACCGUCUAGACGAGAGCAGAACUAUAGUUUAUGUAAAGACGUCAAAGAGAUCAAUUAUUUAAGAAGGCAAAAUUCUGAGGGCGACACCGCUUCUAAAAUUGAAUCCACGAAUGACGAUAAAGUGACGAAAAAUGUUCUCGCCAGAAGAACAGAUCCUAAAGAUAAAAAUUCUAGGCCGAAGGAUAAAUUUGAACCAGAUGUACCUGUAAGAAGUGCUAGACGAAAUCGGGUAUCAAGGGAGGUCCAAUGCAGAUCCAUGGGUGAAAGUGUCUCAGAUGCGAAUCCUGGAGAGACUAGAAACUUGUUCCUUGGUACUAUUAAGGAGGCGGACAUGAAACGUAUGGAAAAUAUCAAUGUAUGGACGAGAAAGGAGAGUCCUAGCGAAGUUACUUCUAGAUCCGUCACCGAUUGGCCUGUGAAUAAAAAUGAAGCGGCGGUUUACAAGGGUCAACAGCCAGGAAAGCGGAUGAGAUCCAAUGCAAUAACGACUUUGGAACUUCGAAGAAGGAAUUCUGAUCCAGCUACGAAAAUUUCCGUGUUAAAUGACGAUAAGCCUGGGGCGGACACUAGUCCUAACGAACUAAAACUCGCUCCUGGCAUGAAUCUAUUGGAAUGGAAAGGUAACAAUCUUUUUACCUUGGCUGGUCAUCGUUUCAGAAAAGUAGCACGUUUCGCCAAAGACGAUGUAUGCGUUUGUUGUCACGAAAAAAUGGAUGCUUUUGUUACUCAAGGAUACAAGUGCGUCGAUUGUAAACAAUUGUAUCAUGUGAAAUGCAUCCAGAAUGGAGGAGUACUCAAAAUGCCAUGUCUUUUAGCAAAUACACCAAAUAGACGGAAAAACAGAAAGCCUCCUCGUAUUCCUUACACCGACACCAGCAAACAAACGGUGACUUCGAAAUUCAAUCUUACCGGGACCUCCGCUUUUUCCGAUAGUACGGAUAAGAUCAUAUCUGAUGCCAAAGAAUUGGCGUUUAUGCAAGACUUUAUUACUAAAAAAAUAUAUAUAAUGGAGGCUCAAGAGGAAGGCAGUAAACCCAGCGAAGUGGAUCGCGUUUUUAAACAGGCAUUGCGUAAAUUUAAAGACGAGCUGGUGAUUACUUACAGCGUUGCCAUUCAACAAGGCGUGGAAGGAAACAUCAAGUACACCGAUUUAAUAGCAAAUUUUCUUCACGUUAUGCAGACUGUCUGUAAACAAGAAAAUACCAGCGAAGAUUUUCCCGUGACAAUGGGCGUUAAUGCCUUUAGAGGAUUUAUGAACGAAUUCAUGACGUUGGUUAAGACCGAAGCGCCGGAAAAGCAAAGUAAGAGCAAACGAAAAAAGGAAAAGAAACGGAAACAAGAAGAGCCUAUACGACAUGGUAAUCAUAUGUUCCAAUUAACCAUCAUUAAUAUUCCCACCGCUUGCGAAGUUUGUACUUCGUUUUUUAUGUGGCCGAUCGAACGAGGACUUGUUUGUCAAAAUUGCAAGUUGACUUGUCACAAGAAGUGUUACACAAAAGCAGCGACUGAUUGUGGAAAGGAGGCGUCUAUGCUAGAAGCAAAUUCUCGUAGAGUUUUUGGUGUACCGUUGUACAAAUUGGAUUGUGGCGACGGCAAAGUACCUCUGGUAGUUGAUAGACUGAUCACAACUAUAGAGCUGCAUGGAUUAUACACCGAAGGUAUCUACAGAAAGAGCGGAGUAAGUUCGAAAGUGCGAGAGCUCAAAGUGAAAAUGGACGAGGGUGAUUUGGAGAAGGUAGACUUUGAGAAUUAUCAAGUACACGUCCUAGCAGCAGUUUUGAAGAGCUUCUUCCGAGAUAUGCCUGAGCCUCUGUUGACUUUCGAAUAUUACGACGAUUUCCUUCACGCCGCAAACUUGACGGAUCCUCACGAUAGAAUCAGCACGCUUUUUGCGAUUCUAAAGAAACUGCCGAAGCCAAAUUUUGAUCUGAUGGAACGAUUGAUCGUACAUCUUACAAGGGUGGCAUUGCACGAAGAAGUCAAUCGAAUGUCAUCGUCAGCGUUGGCGAUCGUUUUCGCUCCGUGUAUAUUGAGAACGAAUCGAACAUUGCCGGCUCAAGAUUCGCUUCAAGACGUCGGAAGGCAGACUCGUUGUGUGGAAACGAUCGUGCAGGAGAAAUUGCGAGUGGUCAGAGCUACUUUGGCUGAUAUAAAUACUUUAGAAGCUGCUUGUCAAACGGCGAACCAUCGAUUAUCCAACUUGAGAUCCUCAAAGAUAUUUAGUCCGGAAGAACUGAACGUAGCAACGUCGAAUAUCGCGGUAAGAACCGGUGCUGUCGAUAGGGAAAGAGAUCGGGGAGAUGAAGAGGAAGCUUUGCUCGUCGAUCACAUACAAGAGAUUCAAAAGGAAAAAGCUCUGUUAACGUCCACGUUACCGAGCUUGACCCGUGCUUCUUCGGACGACGAUCUUCUUCUCUCUGCCACAGACUUGGACGACGGAUCUCUCGACGAUUUGCUUCCACCUUCUGCCGAUGGUCUGGUACGAAAGAAACCUAUUCAAAGGCAAAGUUCAGCCGACAACGCUUUUCCUACUAUCAUAAGCGUCGAUGAAGACAUGGUGAUGGUAUGACCGUCGUCCACAGGCAGCAUGUCCGUGAAACUUGGACGAUAAAAAAUGUGUAGCAGCAUGAUAAGCUUCGCGUGGUUUUUUCCGGUCGCUCGACAGUUGCUCGACAGCCGUCAAUUUUGGUCUCAUCCGAAUAUAACGCAAAGUUAUUUUAUUCGUUAGUUAAGAAAGACGACUUUUAAGUAGGUCUAGUAAUUUGUCAACCCUUUUAGGAUGAUCUCAAGCUGGUGAUUUGGAUCGUCGCUUACUUCCUUCGUUCCGUGGUAAAAUCGUAGAUAAAACGGCGUAAAUCGGCGUAACGAUAUAAACAAAAAUAUCGCAACGUCAAUCUAAUUAUCGCUACUAGAAGCUACUCUUUUCCUAGGAUACAUUCCUUUUUAUCGAAGACUGUCAACAUUAAAUCGCGACAUUUUUUUUUUUGCGAGAGUUCAUCUUCCAACACAGAAAUCAUUUAUUUUUCCUCAUUUUUUUUUUUUUUUUCGUACAUCGAUAAUAGUAGCAGAAGGUCAUUCUAUUUUUUAUCUUUCACAAACAUUUGAAAACGUUAAAAUUGUUAUACCUUGAUAAGGUAACGUUCCACUCGAUAAGAAUGAAAAGAGAGACAGACCAUCUUCUUAUUAUUGUCCCAACCAUUAAUUUGUUAAGACUUUCUUUGACAAUCGGAGAGAUUAAAAGAUAAUCGUUGACAUGACUGAAAACUGAUUGAUAACAACACGACGGCUAGGUUUGGUAAUCGGACGGGCAAAGAGGAAAACGUAAACCGCGCUGGUCGUUUCUUUCCUCGAAGAAGAAAGAAUUGUUAUUUCGGUGGUAUCCUUCGGGUCGGUUUAAAACAGCGAGUUAUCAAAUUGCGCUAGAUUUAAGCGGAAUAAAAAAAAAAAAAAAAACUUUGUAGCAGAAAGAGUACGAAUGAACGUGGAAAAACCAAAAUAUAACUUUGUACAUAUUAUAUCAUACAGCUAUAUCUCAUAUUAAUCUGUUACUAUUGUUAAAGAUACGAGAGACGUUACCAAGGUUAUAUUUCUACUGUCGAUAUUUCAUCGUAGCUGGUAAAACGUCGAUAUAUGAAUAAUAUAUAUCGGUCUUGCCGAUUUUUUUUAAUUCGU